AUGAGUAGAUCAUCCGAAAACCUACCAUGGAUUGAGAAAUACAGACCUGAAACGCUGGACGACGUAUACGGACAACGAGAGAUUGUUGGCACGGUGAAGAAAUUUGUGAAAGAGGGAAGACUGCCGCAUCUACUGUUCUAUGGUCCCCCAGGAACUGGUAAGACGUCUAUGAUUGUGGCUCUCGCUAGAGAGAUUUUCGGCAAAAACUACAAAAACAUGGUUUUGGAGCUCAAUGCAUCGGACGAUAGAGGUAUCGAUGUGGUGAGAAACCAGAUCAAAGAGUUUGCCUCAACGCGCCAGAUUUUUUCCAAAGGAUUCAAGCUGAUCAUUCUGGAUGAAGCAGACGCCAUGACAAAUGCAGCACAGAAUGCCCUGAGGCGGAUCAUCGAGAAGUACACGAAAAACACCCGGUUCUGUAUCCUGGCGAAUUACGCCCACAAACUGACCCCCGCCCUUCUGAGUAGAUGUACGCGAUUCCGGUUUCAACCUUUGCCCGUUGAUGCCAUCGAGAAGCGUGUGAAUAAAGUUUUAAUCUUGGAGAACUUGAAGCUCAGUCCAGAGGCACUAAAGGCACUUUUAAAGCUUUCCAAGGGCGAUAUGAGAAGAGCUCUGAACGUAUUGCAGGCAAGCAAAGCUACACUGGACGAUCCAAGCUCCGAAGAAGUCACAGAAAACACUAUAUAUGAGUGCAUUGGUGCUCCUCAUCCUCAAGAUAUCGAGACUGCACUAGAGUCAAUGCUGAAGGACGACUGGGGCACUGCUUCUUUCACCGUGAACAAAAUACGUACCAGCAAGGGUCUGGCUUUGAUCGAUCUCAUCGAGGGCAUAGUGGAGGUCUUGGCAGAGUACGAGUUGAAGACGGAAACGCGAACACAACUUUUGAGCAAAUUGUCGGAUGUCGAGUAUGCGAUUUCGAAGGGCGGUAAUGACAGGAUUCAGAGCAGCGCUGUGAUCGGUGUGGUGAAGUCGAGUUUCGAGCUGGAGGCUUAG